AUGGCUGAUUCCGGUGAUACUUAUCGACCCCGUGAGAGGUCACGAUCUCCCCGCAGACGCUCAAGAAGCCCCGAAAGGUCACACCGACGCCGCUCCUACUCCCCCCGUAGCCGAUCAGGAAGUCGGGACGACUAUCGAAGAAACCGUGAUCGCUCGCCCAUGACUAGCACAGGCGCAUCAGGUGGAGGACCAAGUGCAGGAUACGGUGGACAGGCCCCUCACCGAUCUUACGAAGAACGAGCCGUUGCUCGAGAACAAAUGAUGAACAACAUUCGCGAAUCGUCCCAACAGGACCGCCGAGUCUACGUCGGCAACCUCUCGUACGAUGUCAAGUGGCACCAUCUCAAGGACUUCAUGAGACAGGCUGGAGAGGUGCUCUUUGCCGACGUGCUCUUGCUUCCCAACGGAAUGUCGAAGGGAUGCGGAAUUGUGGAAUAUGCGACACGGGAGCAAGCCCAAGCGGCUGUUGCCCAACUGAGCAACCAGAAUCUCAUGGGUCGUCUAGUCUACGUGCGUGAGGACCGUGAGGCUGAGCCUCGGUUUAUUGGAGCCACUGGCGGCAAUCGCGGCGGCUUCGGCGGCGGCGGCGGCAUGCCCGGCCAUUUCAACCCUGCAUAUGGCGGUGUUGCUCCCAGCGGUGGUGCUCCUGGUGGCGGCGGCCGCCAGAUCUAUGUGGCCAACCUUCCCUUCAACGUAGGCUGGCAGGAUCUCAAAGACUUGUUCCGUCAAGCUGCUCGAAACGGCGCAGUAAUUCGAGCCGACGUCCAUAUCGGACCUGAUGGUCGUCCCAAGGGAUCUGGUAUUGUUGUCUUCGAGAGCCCCGACGAUGCCCGCAACGCCAUUGCGCAGUUUAAUGGCUACGAUUGGCAAGGCCGUGUUAUCGAGGUUCGUGAAGACCGCUACGCCGGAAGUGGACCCGGCAUGGGCUUCGGUGGCCGAGGUGGCUUCGGUGGUGGCAUGCGCGGAGGAUUCGGUGGAGGAUUCGGUGGUCGCGGCGGCUUCGGCGGUGGACGUGGUGGUUUUGGAGGCGGCUUCGGUCGUGGAGGAUUCGGCGGAGGUGCCCCUGGUGGACCCGGCUUUGAGCCUCCUGCCAGCUCCGUCCCUCCUAAUCCCUUCACUGAUUACGCCACGGCCGGGGGUGAUAGAGGAGAGGUCAUCUAUGUUCGCAACCUGCCCUGGUCGACAAGUAACGAUGACUUGGUCGAGCUAUUCACCACCAUCGGUAAGGUCGAGCAAGCCGAGAUCCAGUAUGAGCCCAGCGGUCGCUCCCGUGGCACUGGCGUCGUUCGCUUUGACUCAGCCGAGACCGCUGAGACUGCCAUUACCAAGUUCCAGGGCUAUCAAUACGGCGGUCGCCCCCUCAACUUGAGCUUCGUGAAGUACCUCAACCAAGGCGGAAACGACGUCAUGGACACAGAUCCUCAUGGUGGCUUGACUCAGGAUCAGAUUAUGUAG